GUGACUAACUUAUGAUUCAACAAAAUUAUUUGUUCAUUCCAUAUUUGUCUUUCUUGAAAAGAAGUAAGCUUUUGGUUUGAUUAUUCGGUCGCCUCUCUAUCUGAGACCACCACAUGUGAAAUUUACCCCAAUAAAUGUACAGUAUUACACUGUGUAUUACUAUUGUCUACACUAUUAUCAAGUAUGAAGUGGUAGUUAUCUGCUGUGCCUGACUGACCCUGAUACUGAUCAUCUUGCAGUGUCUCAUCAAUACUUUUAACAAGACAGAUCUCAACAUGCCAUCAGGAACAUUUAAAUGUGUAAAGAACUGGAAAAGUGUCUGCUGUCAUGCUUUCAAAGGUAAAGAGAUUGAGCCACUGAUACAAAGAGCUUAUCUGAGUGUGUGCAUGCUAGCGUGUGCAUAUGGUGAGCCACAUGCAUGAGUGUGCCCUGAAAUAUUUGGCCUGUCUGUUCCUGCUUGGUAGUCUUGAGGCUCUGUCUGUGGACUGGAGAUCAUACGCUCAUGCCUGCGUAUCAGUCGGCUUCAUUUCAAAGUAAUGUAGGAAAAUGCACUGAAUGGAAUUGAGACUCUAACCUCUGUUCACCUGAGCAUGGCAAGACAAUGACUCCUUUGUGUAUAAUCUUGCAUUCUAUUGAGUGUGCAUUGUGGCAUGGAUAAUCCACCCCCACCCCCUCCAUCCAAUGGUGCAGGGAUACAGUGGCAUACUGAAUAGGGUGUGAAUCCAGGACAGAUGACGUGAGUGAAUCGCAAUUCAAAGCUGAUCAGGCAUAGCUCAGAACUCUUAUUUAGGUGUAAGGGGGAGGUGUGUGUGUUUACACAAGGCCUGUCUUAGGUCCUAGAUCCAUUAGUAUUGCAGAUGUGGGAUUGGGUACCUUCCCUGCCUAAACACACAGACACACACACACCCUCCCCCGAUGACUGAGCAGAAAGGGAGGGUAAAUUCCCUUGUUCGCUAUCCUCAGCCAUUGAGUCAUUUAGUGUCUGACCCUACUGUAGUGUGCAGUUCUUUUGUCUACAAGUAAUAGUUAAUUUAUGGUGCCUUUGUGGAUGAUUGUGUGACUUUCUUCAGUUUGUUAGAAGAUGGUGGGUCUGGCUACUUCUACAGCAAUUGUUAAUGCGAUGGAACUCUUGGUGACUGAACUGAAUGUGUUGCUCAAGCUGCUAGACCAUGAGACCUUGAGCUCUGCUACAGAGGAGAAGAAAUGUGCCGUGAGGAACCUUGUGAAACAGCUGAAGCCCUCAGUCACUGGACCAGAAUACAUGUACAUGAACACCUCUGUCUGCAGAAAUGGCACUAGCUUUGUGGAAGCCCUUUUUGAUAACUUUGACUGCAACCUUAGUGAGCUGAAAGUUGAAGUAGAAGAACAGAAGAAAAGCCCAAUCAAAACAAACCAGUUUGCAUCUAAACCUAUUACACCAGAUUCAGCACCUCCACUUCCCACCACCCCACCUCCAGAGGACUACUAUGAGGAGGCUGUGCCACUCAGCCCUGGUACUGUGCCAGAGUACAUAACCAGCCGCAGUAGCUCCAGUCCUCCUAACUCCAUUGAGGAUGGAUACUAUGAAGACACAAACAACAACUGUCCAAAUUUCAGCAUGAACAGGCGGUGCAAAAACUCUUAUAAUGAUUCAGAUGCUCUGAGUAGUUCCUAUGAGUCAUAUGAUGAGGAAGAGGAGGAAAGGGGUCAGUGUUUAACCCACAAGUGGCCCUCAGAGGAGAACUCCAUGGCCCCAGUGAGGGAUUGCCGUAUCUGUGCCUUCCUGCUGAAGAAGAAGCGAUUUGGUCAGUGGGCCAAACAACUCACGGUCAUCCGUGAGAACAGACUUCAGUGCUACAAAAGCUCCAAAGACCAGUCUCCCUAUAUGGACCUGCCGCUUAAUCUGUGCAAUGUCAUAUAUGUGCCUAAGGAUGGGAGGAAGAAGAAGCACGAGCUUCGCUUCUCUCUGCCAGGUGGAGAGGCUCUGGUGUUGGCUGUACAGAGCAAAGAACAGGCAGAUAAAUGGCUCAAGGUGGUGCGUGAAGUAAACAGUCUGGGGACUACACUGGACAUCUCAGCAUCUCCCAUGAUCCCCCGAAAAAGAGAAAAAGAGCCAGAAAAAGACUUGGACAAGAGAUUGUCUGGUGAGAAACAUGCAUCAGAUUCGGAUAGCAUGCCUAGUGGAGAAAGUAGCCGAGACAGCCGGGAGAAUGGUAAGCCUAAGCGGGUUGCUCUGUCAGAAUUAACAGGUACAAUGAGCAGAGCAGCUGGGCGCAAGAUCACUAGGAUCAUUAGCUUUUCCAAAAGGAAGCCACCUCUACCUGGAUAUACACGAACAUCAUCACUUGACGAGAACCCUCGUUGUGGUUAUCUGAGUGUUUUGGUGAACCAGUGCUGGAAGGAACAGUGGUGCCGUGUAAGAUGCGGCUCACUCCACCUUCAUAAGGAGAAAGUUGAUGGAUGGCGGAGUCCACACACCUCCAUUGUCCUACGUGGUUGUGAAGUGGUGCCAGGGCUUGGGCCCAAGCACCCUUUCGCCCUCAGAAUACUAAGAAGUGGCACUGAGGUGGCAGCAUUAGAGGCAAGCUGCUCCGAAGAAAUGGGCUGUUGGCUUGGAGUUCUUUUGGCAGAAACUGGUUCUUCUACUGAUCCAGAGUGCUUACACUAUGACUAUGUGGAUGUGGAGACCAUCGCCAAUAUUCGUUCAGCUGCUCGUUAUUCUUUUCUAUGGGCUACCUCCACAGAGUCAAGGACUUAUGAUGAGGUCCCUUAUGAGGAAACAGAGCAGGAGAAUGAGAGGCUGAAGAAUGGGUAUCUAGUAAAGCGCCGGUCUGCUAGUAGUGACAGAAGUAUGGCCAAGCCUCAGAUCACCGUUAAGCGCCAUGGUUCUAAUGCAAAUCAGUAUGGAAGGUAUGGGAAAACACGGGCUGAGGAGGAUGCACGCCACUACCUGAGGGAGAAAGAGGAACUGGAGAGACAGAAAGACCAUGUCAGGAAUGCACUGGUGUUACUGCGAAAGGAAAAACGAGAAGCCAAGGAGAGAAUGAAGGUUGCAACAGAUAAACAGUGGCUGACACUUGAGGAGUGUGUGACCCAACUGGAGGAGAGCUGCCAGAUAAAGGAAGGUGAACGUGUGGAGCUGGAGCUCAAACUUACUCAGGUUAAAGAGAAUCUGAAGAAAUCUCUGGCUGGAGGAACUUUAGGGGCACCUGUAGAGACCAAACCAUUAGGCAAGAAGACUCGGAGAAGUGAGGUACCAUACAUUGAGUCAGUAAUUCCAGUCAACUGUGCCUCUGAAAUGCGAAAGCGCCCCCUGUCCAUCUGUGCGUCUACAAAGGGAAAUGUUAUGCAGAAAGCCAAGGAAUGGGAAUCUAAAAAAGGGAAGUGCUGAAGAUGUCCUGGACUGUUUUUUUCUUUUUUAUGUGUGUUCAAGUGAACACAAGAACCUGCCGCCAUCCCUCAUUUGAACAUAAAACUGCACAUUUUAUAAAACUGCCUUGUCUCUUUAUAAUUGACAGUAUUUACAGGAUUACAUCAGAGGAAUCAGAUGCUCUUUUUGGGGGAGGGGGAAGCAUGAGGUACAUAUACAAAUGUCAUUUUCUUUAAAUCAUUCAAAAAAUGUCAUAGUAUACUACUUUGGGGAAUAUGACUAUGGUGGAGGUAUGUGAUGCAUCCAAAUAAACCACUCUUGUUCCACUUAUUUUUAUGGUACAUUGUACCCAAUCUGAACAUUAUCAAAUUGCAUUAACAUAAUUAGGUGACAGGAACAUGGAUACAGUUUACCUUGUGGGGUCAGUCUUGAAACACAGAUAACUCUUCACAGGCUAAUCAGCCAUAAUCUUAAAACCACUGACAGGUGAAGUGAAUAAUAUUGAUUAUCUUGUUACAAUGGCACCUGUCAAACAUGAAAAAUGGGCAAGUGUAAAGAUAUGUGCAACUUUAACAAGGCCAAAAUUGUGAUGGCUAGACGACUGGGUUAGAGCAUCUCCAAAAUUGCCGGUUUUGUGGGGUGUUAAUUGUAUAUUGCAUAAUGUGUAUGCAGUGGUUAGUUUGUACCUAAAGCGGUCCAAAGCAGGACAGCUGGUUAACCAGCAACCAGAUCAUGGAUGCCCAAGGCUCAUUGAUGCGCAUGGGGAGAAAAGGCUAGACUGUCUGGUUCAAUCCCAUAGAAGAGCUACUGUAGCACAAAUUGCUGAAAAAGUUAAUGCUGGCUAUGAUAGAGAGGUGUCAGAACACACAGUGCAACACAGCUUGCUGCAUAUGGGGCUGUGGGUCAGAGUGACCAUGCUGACCCCUGUCCACUGCCAAAAGUGCCUACAAUGGGCACGUGAGCAUUAGAACUGGACCCUGGAGCAAUGGAAGAAGCUGGUCUGAUGAAUCAAUUCGUCUUUCAUGUGGAUGGCCAGGUGUGUGAGUAUCGCUAAACUGGGGAGGAGAUUCAAUUCAAUUCAAUUCAAUUCAAUUCAAUUUUAUUUGUAUAGUGGUUUUUACAAUAGACAUUGUCUCAAAGCAGUUUUACAGAAAUAUAUAAACACGGUAUACAGAUAUUAAAAGUGCAAAUUUAUCCCAAUUGAGCAAGCCGGUGGCGACGGUGGCAAGGAAAAACUCCCUAAGAUGUUAAGAGAAAGAAACCUUGAGAGGAACCAGACUCAGAAGGGAACUCAUCCUCAUCUGAGUAACAACAGAUAGUGUGAAAUAGUGUUUAUAUGAAGUCUGUUUGGCCUUAGAAGCAGCCGUAGACCCAGCAGUCUGGAAUUGGAGUAGAUGAGAGCUCCAGCCAGAGGUAGGACAUCCGAAACGGAUCAGGCAGGUCCGGAGAGCAGAAAGGAUAAGGAUCUCUAGUAUCCAUAAAAUUGUGUGUGGCUCGACAGGAGGAGAGAGGGAGAGAAAAGAUUAUAAGGACUGUGCUUAGCGUAAUAGAAAGUCUAGUCAUGGUAAGCUUGAGGAAACAAAUACGUUUUAAGCCUAGACUUAAACACAGACUGUGUCUGACUCCCGAACACUAAUUGGAAGACUGUUCCAUAACUGUGGGGCUCUAUAAGAGAAAGCUCUUCCCCCUGCUGUGGCCUUCGCUAUUCGAGGUACCGUCAAAUAGCCUGCAUCUUUUGAUCUAAGUAGGCGUGGCUGAUCAUAGAAAACCAAAAGGUCCCUUAGAUACUGUGGCGCGAGACCAUUUAGUGCUUUAUAGGUUAAUAAUAGUAUUUUAUAAUCAAUGCGAGAUUUCACUGGGAGCCAAUGCAGUGUUGAUAAGAUUGGGGUGAUGUGCUCGUAUCUUCUGGUUCUAGUUAGGACUCUAGCAGCUGCAUUCUGGACUAACUGGAGUUUUACAUUACAGUAAUCUAGUCUAGAGGUGAUGAAAGCAUGAACUAAUAUUUCUGCAUCAUGUAGUGACAAUAUAUUUCUUAUCUUAGAAAUAUUUCUGAGAUGAAAGAAGGCUAUCCUAGUAAUAUUAUCUACAUGAGCAUCAAAUGAUAAACUGGAGUCAAUAAUCACACCAAGGUCUUUUACUGCUGUACAUGAUGAAACAAAGUCCAUCCAGAGUUACUAUGUGAUCAGAAAGCUUACUUCUAGCUACAUGUGAUCCUAAUACAAGUAUUUCUGUCUUAUCAGAAUCAAGUAAAAGGAAGUUAGUUAGCAUCCAACGUCUAAUGUCCUUUACACAUUCCUCAACUUUAUUAACCUGCUGUCUGUCCUCUGGCUUCGCUGAAACAUACAACUGUGUAUCAUCAGCAUAACAGUGGAAGCUAAUUCCAUGUUUAUGAAUAAUUUGACCUAGAGGUAGCAUAUAUGAAGUAAAAAGCAGUGGGCCUAAAACAGAACCUUGUGGAACACCAAUAUUAACCUCGGUAUGCAUGGAGAAGUCUCCAUUUACAUCUACAAACUGAUAAUGAUCGGUCAAAUAAGACCUGAGCCAGUAGAGGACUGUUCCCUUAACACCAACAACAUUUUCUAAUCUAUCAAGGAGAAUAGUAUGGUCAAUAGUCUCAAAAGCUGCACUAAGGUCAAGUAACACAAGCAGCAAGACACAACCCUGAUCAGAGGUCGUUUAGUACUUUAACUAACGCUGUCUCUGUGCUAUGAUGAGGUCUAAAUCCUGCCGAUACAGUUCAUGAAUGUUAUUCCUAGGCAAGUAUGAGCAUAAGUGCUGUGCUACAACCUUUUCUAAGAUCUUGGAGAUUAAGGGGAGCUUUGAUAUAGGUCUAUAGCUGGACAGUUGAGAGGGGUCAAGGUCAGGUUUUUUAAUAAGGGGUUUGAUAACUGCUAAUUUAAAGAUGGCACCAAGAUGCACUAUAGGGAAAAGGCAAGCUGGCAGAGACUGUUUGAUUCUCUGGGAAAUGUUCUGCUGGGAAAGCUUGGGUCUUAGCGUUUUCCUUAACUUUUUCCUAAUGACAGUGGCCUCUUUCAUUAGGAUCAUGUGCCCUGCCACACUGCAAAAAUUGUUCAGGAAUGUUUUGAGGAACAUGACAAAGGGUUCAAAGUGUUGACUUGGCCUCCAACUUUCCCAGAUCUCAAUUGAUUGAGCAUCGAGGCCCCAUCUCACAACUUCCAGGAGUUGCUGGUCUUGGUGCCAGAUACCACAGCACACCUUCAGAGGGCUUGUGGAGCCUAUGCCUCAGCAGGUCAAACCUGUUUUGGCAGCACAAGGGAGACUUGCACAAUAGGUGGUUUUAAUGUUAUGGCUGGUCAGUGUAAAUGUUGCAGAACAUAUUGGCCAUGGAAGUAGGGGAAUCAUUGAAAGUGUAGGCUGUUGUUAGAGAUGGGAUAGUAAGUGUAGUAUAUUGCAGCUGUGGCUCAGGUGGUAGAGCGGGUUGUCUAAUAAUAGUAGGGUUGGUGGUUCAAUUCCUGGCCCACAUGACUCCACACGUUAAAGUGUCCUUGGGCAAGUCACUGAACCCCAAGUUGCUCCCGAUGGCAAGUUAGUGCCCUGCAUGGCAGCUCUGCUACCAUUGCUAUGGGUGAAUGAGACAUAGUGUAAAGCGCUUUGGAACCAUUAAGGUUUAAAAAGUGCUAUAUAAGUGCAGACCAUUUACCAUGUUGUUUAAUGAGCAUAGCAAGGAGAGUUGUGCAAAAUCACAUGAACUUGAGCUUUUGCAUUUACUUAUAAAUUGUCCCGGCCGGAGGCAAUGACUGCGGUUUUAUCACUUAUUUGUAAUGCUUUUGUUGUAUGUGUAAAAACCUUCUGGAAACCAUAACACAAAGUGGUGCUAUUCAUAUUGUACCUUUUACACUUUUUAAUCUAGGCUGCAACAGUAACAGCAAAUUACAAGAGUUGUUCUUGUAAAUCAGCCAAAUUUGUAUUUUACUGAUAUUUGAAUGCUUCUCUCCUUGUUUCCAAUACUACAAUUUCAAUGUGAUUAACACUUGCACUUUAUGGUCUUUCACAUGGAGGUGGACUAAGGAACAUUCAUAAUAAAUGCCUUUUAAAAUGCACAGGUUCUUUUGCAUGUGAUUCCAGUGUAUUAAUCAUGCAUCACUCUGACAACAGCUGAAUGCAGAGGGAGAAAUUAACUACUCCUAACUUAAAGCUGCAUUUGUGCCAUUAUAUCAGCAAUGUUACUGUAAAGAGUUUCAUUCAAAUUCCCAGUGCUUAAUAUUC